GUCAGGAAGACUAUGAUAGAUUACGACCCCUCAGCUAUCCACAGACAGAUGUAUUUCUGGUCUGUUUUUCAGUGGUGUCUCCUUCUUCAUUUGAAAAUGUGAAAGAAAAGUGGGUACCUGAAAUAACUCAUCACUGUCCAAAGACUCCUUUCCUGCUUGUUGGGACCCAGAUUGAUCUAAGAGAUGAUCCCUCAACAAUUGAGAAACUUGCCAAGAACAAGCAGAAGCCCAUAACUCCAGAGACAGCUGAAAAGCUGGCCCGGGACCUGAAGGCUGUCAAAUAUGUGGAGUGCUCUGCACUUACACAGAAAGGCCUAAAGAAUGUAUUUGACGAAGCGAUAUUGGCCGCCCUGGAGCCCCCGGAGCCGAAGAAGACCCGCAGGUGUGUGCUGCUAUGAACGUCCCUCCACAGCCCCUUCUGCAAAGCUGGUGUCUGAUGUCAUACUAAAAGCAAUGUUUAAAUCAAACUAAAGAUGACAAAUUUUAAAAUUUGUUUUCGCAAUAAUGACAAAUGCCCUGCACUCCCAUCUCCCCCACACGGCCCCUGUGUGAGAUGAGAAUGUUAGUGUCUGUCCCCCCAGUGCCCCUCAGUUCAGUUAAUUCCUCAAAUUAACUAGUUUAUGUAUUAUCAGAAAACACUGAUCAGUGCUAGGUUUUUAUUUUGUUUACUGUUUCUAAUUUUUUUUUUUUGUUUGUUUAAAAUCCAGGCAUGCUUGUGAUGACUUUUUCUGUAACAGACUAAUUCUAGGCUAUUUUACUAAAGCCUUGUCUGGCAGGACUUGGUUCUGGUUUCAAGAAUUUCUAGGGCUGCUCUGCAGCCAGCCAGCAGCCUGGGUGUGAGCAGACUUUAGUACUAAAGACAAAUACAGGAAAGUAAAUUGUCCCAAGCUGGUGCUCCUCUAAGGAGGAGUGUAGAAAAUGCAUCUGCACCUCCUCUGAAGUUGCCUUGUAUCCC